GAUCAAAAAUGUUCGGAAUUCCCGGCGAAUUUCACUUUAAUCUAGAGAAAUAUAGCCUGUAAACUUGAUAUGUUGUACAGACACACAUCAAAUCAAACAUGAGGCAUUUGAAAAAGAUUGAUUCAACGGUGGCGCAAUCAAAUCAAGCACUUUUUUUUUAAUAAUUGUUAGCGCUGUACCUCACUCGAAGAGCUUUGCUUAAUAACAAGAGCAGCAAACAAACUAGCGACCACUUGUGUCAUACAGUUAAUUGUUUGUGAUAACAACCCUGGAGUCUUAAACCACCAUGAAAGUGGCUUAUGUUUGCAAUAACAGUCACUGAUGAAAGUUUACAUGAGACAAUUUCUAUAGCCAAACUUAAUUGCGUCCGGUUGUGGGAGGGAAAAACUCGCAAUAAAAGCGAGAUACCCAUCAAAAACUACCGCCAACUUCUCAUUUAGCGCCUGAUCAGUCGACAUCGAUCUGAAAAAAAUUUUUUUGCCCUCGAGGAAAUCGCUGCUUUCACUUCUUAACGUAAAAACUCUAAUUUUGCAACCAAAAUAUUGUGUACUUAGAUCCGUGAAAAUGUUACUUUUAUCGGUUUAACUUUGCCGAGAAGCUUGUUUCCGGUAAGAGAUGUACUUUUUCAUCCACGUUGUUUAUUGAUUUCUCUUCUUCGGAAUUCACCUGUUUUCGGUGUCAGAGAAGGGAAAGAAAAGUAAGUUUAUCCGGUGAAUGGAAAAACAGUUGUUUCCUUCACAUAAGUGGAGGAUUUGUCAAACAAAGGAAGCAAUAGGGGAGAUACACCUUUUUGUCCUUUGAGGAUUCUAAACUACACCAUCAGUAGUUCAUUUAAAGUUAGAAGGCUACCAAACGGCAUUUGGCAAGGAUUUUAUCGUGGUAUAAUUGCAAUUACAGGGCUGAUUCGAUUUCGCACUGAUUCAGACUAAUAUAGAUGGGCUCUGGCCCGGAGUUGUUAGAAAUCGAGAGCAUGAAUUUGAACAACACUGUUAGCACAACAAGUUUCAAUACCGGCGGUUCAACUGGUUCGCUGCGCAGUUUCUACCUCUUCACAGCAAGUGUGCUAAUACUCAUCAUUAUCGUCACCAUCAUUGGAAAUAUAUUGGUGUGCGUGGCUAUCCUUGUCAACAGCCAACUUCGAUCAUCUCCCACGAUGUUAUUCAUUUUUUCCUUGGCCGUCAGUGAUUUAUUGACUGCUUCUCUAUCGAUGCCUUUUGAUGUGGAUCAACAGCUAACAGACUCCAGAUGGACCCAUAGCGAGGGCCUUUGUCGGGCAUGGACAACUGCGUACCUUAUCACCGUGCCCUCGUCCAUUUGGAACCUCCUUGUGGUGAGCGUGGACCGGUAUAAGAGCCUAAAGGAUCCCUUGAGUCGUUACCGACAGAGCCCCUUUAUGACACGAAAGCGAGCGGCCCUUGUUAUAGUGCUCCUUUGGGUUUACUCAGUGGUCUUCGCCCUGAUUCCCGUCAUGGGCUGGAAAUUCAGGCCAAUGAGCGUCGAACACAACGCUUGUCAUUUCAACAUAACAAUGGAUUACUCCGUUCUCAGCUCUUUCCUUAACUUUAUUUUUCCACUACUGGUAAUGUGCUUUCUUUAUUUUAAAAUCUUCAUGAUAGCGCGAAACAUCAACAGUAGGAAGUUCUCUCAGAGAAACGGCAGAAAAACCCCGGAGUUGUUGCCUUCGGAGCCCACGUCUUCCGAAGACGUUACGAAAAUCACACGACGUGCCAAGAGAUCGCAGAAGAGGUUCAAACGAAACAUGAAAGCCGCCAAAAACAUUUUAAUCAUUGUUUCCGCUUUCUUUUUCUGUUGGAUGCCUCACACGGUUCUAAGUUUGGUCGCCAUUUUUCACGGGGAAGCGUUAUCAAGUAAGAUUCCCACAGAACUGUUUUCAACGUUCUUGCUUCUGGGUUACCUCAAUUCUGCUCUCAACCCGCCAUUGUACACCUUCCACAACAAGCGAUUUAAAGAAACAUACGUGAAAUUUUUUGGACUGGAGCGCAAGAAGACUCCACCGAACCGUUACUCGAACGUAACGGCUUUGAGUAACAUUGACGGUGGAUCAAAUCACUCCCGCGGGUCAACAACGAGACAGACAAACGGUUAUCUGCAUGUUGAAGAACCAGUCGAUAUCGAAGAAAAUAAUGUGUAGAUUCCAAAAACUAACUUCAGUUUAUUCUGUUAUUGGCAGCUCUCAUUCAACGUAACUUCAUAAUUUGUGGAGUAUCUCAUAUUGCAAAAUCUCGGAGAGCAUGUCUUUCAGUGAAUCUCGGAACGGCCGAGGGCAAAGCGCAAAAGAUUAUAUCAGAAACCUCUUGGUAGUCAGCCUAAACUGAUUACCACGAAGAUCAGUUAAAUCGAGUGUUUUUCCGGCAUGGACAAUUUACUCUUUCCGAAAUGAGUCGCUUUUUUUACAUGAGUGACUAGACAUUAAAACAGAGGAAUCGGUACGCCAUUAAUUGCUGACAAUUUCAUAUUAGACCCUGACGCAGAGAUGAGACUAAGGACAUGCUCCCGACAUGGAGUGUAACUUACAAACCGUCUCGAAGUACAUUUGCGGCCGGUUGUUCAGAAACAAGAAUGUCGCAUGAAAAAUUCAAUUAGGAUACUUUCCAUGAAACAGUGUAUUUCCAAAAAGAACCGCGGUUCCGCAUAAAAAAACAAUUGUUCUUUUUCAAAUCCUCUCAAGCCUGCAGGCAUGCACGGAACCAAUUCUCUCCACUUUUAUUGGCACAUACUCAAAUUGGAAAUCGAUAAGACUAACAAGCUUGUUUCAGUCUGUCUGAAAGGCAGAAAAAAAAAAGAGCUCUGUCGACAUAUAGAUAUUUCCUUCCUCGCACUUGCCUCAGGGUUAUUUUCUUUGUAUGAAGUUACACAGGCUUCUUUCAGAAAUCGUUCUUGAAUCGAUAAGAUAUUGCCUUGAAAACUAGCCGUCUGUAAUAAAGAUCGCUAUUGAUAGAGAAUUUCCUGAUAACAGUACUCUGAAGCUAAAUAGACAGUGCUAUUGAAUUCCUUUUUCGAUGUCUCUUAAUCUUUUUAAGACGUCACCUUUUUGGAAGAAAAUGGUUGUCGAAACUGAGUUGUUUCUGACAUUCCCUUUGAUAAAGGGACGUUUGUUUUUACUUCAAUUUAAAAUCGGUUUCUUGUACAGCAGUCGAUCUCCGGAUUGGGCGGUUCUACUCAUCUUGUUCAUGUUGUUGUAAAAGUCGUUCAACGAAUGUGUUAUGAUAACACAGAGCUAGCUUUUUCAUAAUCACACCGAUUUCAUGGGCAACCUUUAUAGCCAGGUAAUACAUAAAAGGCAAAAAAAAAACAUUCGCUGUAAUAUAUGUAUAGGAAUAAAAUAAUCUUGCUCUCAAAUCCUUUACCGUAAACAGGUGAACAUAGAAGUCUAGAUAACACACUCGACUUCUGUGCAUGAAAGCAAACAUACAAGGAUAUAGGACCCCACCCAGUUAGAUUACCUCUUAGCAUUUAUUGUGUUAAAACGUAAUACGGAUGUAUUUAACAUUUCUACUUUGGAUUAUAUACACCAAGCUUAUGUUAUGCCUUAAGCUGAUAAUACUUUCACUUUGAGAAGUUGUAAUAAUAGCGAAGUCGAGCUUGUAUUUUAUUAAGAGGCUCUAUAUUUUGCGGAUUUCCUCCGCAAUUCAGCGGAAGUACUUAAGAUUCUGCGUUUAAUAUCGCACACGAAGUACUUAAGCUCUUGCGGACAUGCAAAUGCAGUCGCGAUAGAAAUUUGCUUCCUUUUAACUUGUAAAUCCUGUAUUUAACAAAGACGUAUUGGGAAAUAGUGCCUCAAAGUUAUAUUUAUAGCUACCAGUUUUUCUUAUUUUAAAAUUGUUUACCAGCUAAUUACAACUUUGUAAAUAUCUAAUAAUUUCAAUUUCUAUGGCUAGCUUGAAUUAUAUUAGGCUUUAAUGUAAUUUUUAAACAAUGGGUUUAUCUAAAAUGUCUCUUACUCAGCCAAUUUUUGGUACAUUUUUUGUAGCCAGUUUCACUGUAUUGCUCAAGCAGCAACCAGAUGCAAUAGCCUUUUCAAGGUUAAUUUUUUCUAAUUAAUCGAAUAUGUACGUGAGGCAAUUUGUAGUUUCUGCCCGCAAUUGUUUCGCCUCCACGAUGGAUUAUACUUGUAAUGCAAACGAGAAUAAGGGCUAUUUCAGCACCAUUAGGGCUUGCCAUCGCUAGAAUUUCUAAGAACCGUGAUAAAAUAAACGAAGUUUUGUGCCGUCUUGAUCCCCGGUCAAACGAUCGCAACAUUUGAACGCAACAGAUUGCGCGCGCAAAAUGUUGCGCGCGUUUGGCCGCCCUAUUGCGAUGUGUUGCGAUAUGUUGGGUGAUGAUGGUUCAAAUUUCAUUAUUUGUCAAAUUUGAGCCAACAAAACCCAACACGUUCCGCCCAACAAUGUUGCCAUGUGUUCGGCUGAAAUUUUGCGAUCGUUUGACUGGGGCUUCAAGUUUGAAAAAUGGUCAAAUUUGCGCCAACAACGCCCAGCAUAUUACGCCCAACAAUGUUGCCAUGUGUUCGGCUGAAAUUUUGCGAUCGUUUGGCCGGGGCUUCAAGUUUGAAAAACGGUCAAACUUGCUCCAACAACACCCAACAUGUCACAACACGUCGCAACAAGUUAGCCAAACGCGUGCUAUAUGUUGCGCCCAACAAUGUAUACACUAUAUGUUGCGUUGAAAUAUUGCGAUCGUUUGGCCGGAGCUUAUAAACAUAUGGUUUCGUCAUUAGUUUGAAAUGUCCUAUGAAAGUGGACAGCUAGUGGAUGCCUUAAUUCAAAUACGCUAACGUCAUUUACAUCCAUGCGCAUUCGAAAAUGACAGUUGUAUUGGGUAUCGGUGUUUUCGAGCAAUUUGGUGUGGAUGGCGAAAACGCCACAGAAACGGCGGUGUGGAUACGAAGCGUUUGGUGGUUUUUGGACUGAAAAAGCAUCAUUUUUAAAACGUAUUAGUGUGGACUGGGCCUCCAGUUCUCCAUUUUUACUGGAGUAAAAUCUCGUCUAGAGUGAAUUUAUAUAUUGAAGCUUACAUCGUUUCACAUCUUCCCGGCGCAUAAAAAAUUUCUUUACCUCUAACAGCUGACAUCCUUAUCUGAGUAAGACAACUGCUGCAAUUCUAAAUUUAGUCCGAAGAUAAAAAUCAAAAAGUGAUUCAGACUUGUGCUAUGUUCCCAGUGAUUCGUCCUCGUACAUCUGGCCGCAAAGUUUCCCGUCAAGGCUUAUAAUCGACGAGCUGAAAAAUACUCGUGAUAUGUUGUUAUAUAUCACAUGCAUUUUAUAAUAAAGUUUCCUUA